CCUCACGCUGCUUCCCGCCCAGCUCACCUUUCUUCACAUCGCCCGUGUGCGAAGACUCUGGAACUUUGUCGUUAUUCUUGUCUGGUUGUUCCUAGCCCUUGGUCCUGCGUGCGUGACGACCAAUCGUUUCAUCAUCGUACCUUGACCCCCGUGCACGCUCGUUCGCUGGAAUCCGCCGCGCUAUGACGGCCUAAGCUGUCUGACCUGUCUGACGGUCCUCACGGUCCUCCGAGCAACGAGCCCUUUGUUCGCUCCUUCGUCCUCUCUGAGCAAACCACCGCCUCAUUCAAACACCAGACGCCUUCGUCACCAGGCCUCUGCCCCGAACCCGGCCACCUGCUUGCUCUCCGCUUGGUGCCUGGGUGCUCUCUCCAUGCAUUGCACUUCCUAGCAACACCCGGGUGCGAGCUUCACACCUCGUUCCACCUCAUUUCCAAGCCUGGCUGCCACCCACCCCAAGAUGGCUGCACAGCUACUUCCCACGGGCGGCAUUGCCCUCAUCGGAGCCCCGGAUGGCGACAUCGCAUCCAAGGACGCCAAAUGCACCUCCGUCCAGGCCAUGCAGGUGGACAUUACCCAGGACAUCAUCGACGAGCUCCUCGAAAAUGCCAGGGGCGGAAAGCAACCACAGAUAGUCUUUGGACGCACUCCACAACUCAAAUAUGGCGACAAGACGCACAUGCUGCAGAGCAGCGCCGAGCUUCAUCGAUACGAACUAUACAAGUCCAGCGAGGAUAGCAGCGACGACAGCCAACUCGAAUUCGCCGGUUUGAUCUACCACAGUCUCACAGUCCACAAGGCGGAAGAUGUCACGGCAGGCGUAGACUCAGCGCUGGAGCAGCUGAGGAGCAACAUGGCUGCCAUCUCCGAGUUCAAGGAAGCCAACAAGACAAUUGUUGCCGAUGCUACACCAGGACGCACCCCGGCCCAUCGUCGCUUCCCUUCGACGGGCUUCAAAUCCUCGCACCUUGCGCCUUCACCCCUGCUGAGCGCACCAUCGUCGCCCAUGCACAAGCGCCCACCCACUUCGCAACCCACAAACAGCCACGAUGUCGUUGUCAACGCCCUCCGUGUCCCCGUCAUCCACCUUCUCGCGCGCGAGCCGGCCACAGAGGCCUCGCUCGCUGCCACGUGCCGCACCUCGCUAGCCAGCAUCCGAGAUGUUUUGCCCAAGAUUGCGAAACGCUCUACAACCGACUCCGACAAGUGGCAACUCACUGACAAGUCCUUUCGUGAAGUCAACCCCUACAAGUUUCCCUAUCAGAGCUCGGAGGAGCGUCAGCAGGCCAUUGACAGCGCCAUCAAGUCGUUUGAUCGCCAACGACUGUCAAAAGACGACAAACUCUGGCAGAUUCUGCUGCCCCAGGACCAACGAGGCCAGGGCAUUUGUUUGUCACGUUCGACAGUGAAAGCACCUGAGGCGAAGCCGAAAGCAAGCACCCCCAUGCACAAGAUUUCGGAUCUCACCAAGAAGAAGCCUGCAGCUAAGAAGGCGGUCGACAAAACUGUCCCUGAGCGGAAGCCGAGGGCUACAAAGGAUGGCGAGUCCAAGCAAAAGGCUGCAAAGGAGAUUGAGAUCAAGCCCAAGUCGUCAAUCAAGGAAAAGUACUUGGCGCGCCAGAAGCUAGCGGUGAAAGAAGUGAAGGAGGUGAAGGAGGUGAAAGAGGAACCCACAAAAGCUUCGACCCUAGCCACGUCUACACCAGUCACUUCGACUUCACGCCCCGCUGCACCUCCUAUCCACAGCACACCCUCAACCGACGCUUCCAAAACCCGUGCAAAGAAGCCAUCCACUGCAGAAGGCAAUACCACGAUUCGUGCAAAGCCCAAAAUGCCAGUGCGAGAUGCACAGAGGGACCGCCCUGUUCAGAGGCCCUUCAAGCCCACCAUGCCAGUAAACACCAAGCCGAAAAACCCCUCGCCGCUCUCAGCUUCGCCGCCCAUCAACGCCAGCGACUUGGACCAGUCACAUCCUGCCCAUGAGGCUCUCGCAGCAUCGCCUGCCAAAUCUUCCACCAACUCCGACCGCUCACUCAAACGCAAGGCCAACGACAUUGACAGCGACAUUCACAACCACAACAUCGUGGCGAAGAAGCCGCAGGUCAGCCGCGCAACUCCGAAACAAACCUCCUCACAUGGCAAUGGCAAGCCCAAUGCCUCUGCGCCCUCAUCCACUAGCUCAAUUAAACGCAAGUCCGACGACUCAUCUGCAUCCAACACUCCUUCUACCGCGCCAAAGGUUCGCAAGGUUGCCAACAUCGACACUGGCCUCGCCUCGCGCUACCACCACAACAACCCUCGUGCGUCGCCGGGCGCCUCUUCCUCGUCUACCACAUCCCCAUCCAUGCCGAGCCUGAGCUUCCGACAGACUGUCGAGCUUUCGCAGAAGUUCCAGAAGUACUAUAAGAAGUACGAAGAGCUGUACUGGGAGCUGACGGAAGCGGAGAAGCCGCCAACCGAGGCCCAGCGAAACGAUCUGCUCAAGAUGCAUAAGAAGCUGGAGGAGAUGAAGAGAGAGAUUAAGGCGGGUGCUGGUAUGCACCACCGAUGAAGGAGCGAAUCGUGUUAUCGCUUAUGAAAACUGCAUUCAGUACGCGCUUGAUUUCAUUACAGCACAGCUUUGCAUAUAUACCCACAGCCUACCAGUCUGCUAAGAAUGGCGGCCAAUCUGCAUACCCUGAAAAGGUGUUUGGACAUGUUUUCUGAUUUGGGUGUUUCUUCCGGGCGUUUCUUGGGUUUACAGAUGUUCAAGGGUGCAUUGUGGAUAUGGUGUUAAUGUUUGGUCAUGUUUUGCACGCCUAUGUACGUGCGGUUCGCCGACACUUAUUCCCAACGUCUAUGAACGCGAUGAUCUUUUAUGCCGGUAGAUACUCAAAACGGUUUUUGUUUCCAAACUCAGCAUUAGUAGUAUAGAAUACACGCUCGAAUCUUAUCAGAAGCUUUUUGCGG